AUGUCCCAGUCCGACUCCUUUUUGCGGCGGCGAGGCAUAGACUCGCUGCGCGAGGUCCGCUUUAGCGAUGUUAAGAAUGCUGUGAGCUUGCUCACCAUGGCCGUGUGGACAAAAACCUCACGGCGGGUGCGCCUGUUGGGCGCGUUCGUUAUCUUGUUUUUCUUUGCCUUUGUCUUUUCCGACUCGCUGCUUUCCGCCAGCAACGUCAACUAUCCGACCAUCAAGUUCGAAUACGCCAACCAGCCACAGCGAUCCACGUUCAACGAGUCCAAGGUUGGCCUCCUCAUCGAGAACCGUCCCUUCCCCAUCCUGGCACCACUGAUGCUGCACUUCAUCUCAGUUGUGCCCCCCGACUGGCGCUUCCGUUUCAUGGGCUCCAUUGAGUCUGUCAAGAAGAUAAACGAAUCCGUCGCCAUCCAGGAGCAAGUCAAGGCUGGCAAGCUCGACCUCACCUACAUCCCCUCCAAUAUGUCCACGGGUAGCCAGGAGGAGAUUAGCCGCUUCCUGACCACACGGUGGCUCUACGAGGUCGUCCUCCAACCCGCCGAGUGGCUGCUCGUCUUCCAGACCGACAGCAUCCUGUGCGCCAACUCGCGGCACAAUCUCAACGAGUACCUAGAGUACGACUGGAUUGGUGCCCCCUGGAGCACCCACAGCCGCUGGGGCGGCAACGGCGGCCUGUCGAUUCGCCGCGUCAGCGCCAUAGUGGACGUCCUCAAGGACCAAGUCCGUGCCGACGGCAGCGAGCCCGAGGACGUCUGGCUGGCCGAGCGCCUCGGCCACCGCCCCAAGUCCAAGGUCGCCAACGGCACCGUCUCCCUGACCUUCUCGGGCGAGAUGCACCUCGGCGAGGGAGCCCGCCUCGAAAACAUUACCGUGUCCGCCGCCAGCAAGGAAGAGCUUGAGGACGCCGCCCGCGAGGGCAAGCUUGUCAAGGGCAUCGACGACUGGCGCGCCGGCUUCUACGAACCCAUGGGCUACCACACGGGUGGUUCCGGCAAGUUCUUGCACAAAGGGAUCUGGGGCGAUCCCGAACGCCGUGAGCACAUCUGGAAGUACUGCCCCGAGGUCAAGAUGACCCUGGCCAUGGACGCCGCCAAGUUUGUGCCCGGCAUUUGCGGUGCUUCCUGGAAGCGCUCCGUGGACAUCCCCGGCAUGUCGCCAGGCAUUGUCGACGUCGGUUACGGCAGUGAAAUCAUCAACGACGUCCUAUACCCUGUCCUGCCGCCUACUUUGGUGCCGUGGUAA